AUGAAGCGCAAGGAGCAAGGUGGCGGAAUCGAAGGAGCCGCGCACGGUCAAGCUCAAGCAUUCAUGUCAAGAGACAACAAGCGCAAGGCUCGACCGGCUAAGAAGACCGGUGCGUGCCACAAUUGUGGAAAGCAAGGACAUUGGAUUGCCGAAUGCCCCUCGCGCAUCCAUGAAGACGCUGAUCGACACAGGUACCAGCGUGCAAACAUCGCGCAAGAACCGGAGCUUGGCGAUUACCUGUUCUCGGUUGGUGGUGGCAAGACCAAGUCGAGUUACAUGUGGCUGGUCGAUUCAGGGGCGACGCAGCACAUGACAAGUUCGAAAGAGUUCAUGAGGAACUACAAGGACUUUGGACCAGUAGAUGUGCAUCUUGCUGAUGAUGGAGUUGUAUAA